AUGGCGUCUGCAAGUGAAAGAAGCCAAUCUUUUUUUGAAACCCUACUGGAAAGUCUCACAGCCAUCUUAUCUGCCGACCAGAAUGUUAGACGGAUGGGAGAAGAUCAGCUUAAAGUAUUGGAAGUUACAGAAGAAUUUGGUGUACAUCUUGCUGAACUAAUCAUCGAUCAAAGGGAAGCAUUAGCCAUCAGACAGCUUGCAUCAGUCAUUUUUUUUUUUUAUGUAGAAGCUCAUUGGUCACAAGAAUCGGAAAAGUACCAUCCACCUGAAAUCACUGAACCUGCAAAGGCAGCAAUCAGAAGACUUUUGCCAGCAGGAUUGUUUUUUUCUAUUAGUAAAGUCAGAUCAAGUGUUGCAUAUGCUAUAUCUGCUAUUGCAUACUGGGACUGGCCAGACGCUUGGCCAGAAUUAUUUGGUUUUUUUAUGGCAGCRUUAACUAGUGGCAAUGCUGACCUGGUACAUGGUGCUAUUUUUUUUUUAACAGAGUUUUGUAGAGAAGUCACAGAUACUCAAAUACCACAAGUCGCCCCAGUUAUUCUUCCAGAAAUGUACAAAAUAUUGUUUUUUUAUCAGGUUUACACAAUAUUUUUUUGGUCAAGAGCAGUUGAUAUCUUCAAUACCUGUGCAGGGCUUAUAUGUUUUUUUGCAGAACAUGAAAGAGAUGCACCAGAAAAGUAUUUGUUUCCAGUCCUYCCUCAGUUUGUGCAAGCAUUUACACAGUUCUUGGCAACUCCUGAUAGUUUAACAUCUGAUUGUGGUCUCAAAAUGGAUUUUUUUUAGGCUCUUACAACAUUAGUCAAGAUUUUUUUCAAACAAAUGAGUGCCUAUCUUGGUAAUAUUCUUCCUCAUGUAUGGUUUUUUUUAACACAAAGUGCAGAGAAAUAUGUUAAAACUGUAGUAAACGACACUUUUUUUUCAGAAGAUCCUGUCGAUUCUGAUGGGGAGGUCUUGGGAUUCGAGAAUCUUUUUUUUGGAGUGUUUGAGUUUAUCCAUGGUUUAGUUGAGUCACCAAAAUUUAAAAAAGUCGUAAAAAGAUCCCUUGAUGAGCUGGUUUAUUUUCUUUUACUGUAUUUUUUUAUCACAGAAGAACAGAUUCUUUUUUUGACAUCAAAUCCAAAUCAGUUUGUUGAAGAUGAAGAUGAUGAUACMUUUUUUUACUCUGUUCGCAUUGCGGCUCAGGACGUUCUGCUUGCAGUUUCAGCUGAGUUUAAAUUUUUUUGUGCACUCACAUUAGCAAAAGCGGUCAUGAAACAUGUAGAAGAAGCUUUUUUUCUAAGGCAAAAAGGUGACACAAAUUGGUGGAAGAUCCAUGAGUCAUUUUUUUUAGCCAUGGGUUGUGUCAAGUCUCUUGUAACAGAUAAAAUAUCCAGAUUUUUUUUUGUGUCAUUUCUAACAAACGUUGUUUUAAGAGGACUUCAAGAAUCAGUGUCUCCUUUCUUAAUUGGUCAGGCUUUGUGGGCAGGAAGUAGAUUUAGUCUUCAAAUGGAUGAACAGCUAUUAAAUAGUUUUUURCAAGCUUCUGUUAGUGGACUACAGUCUUCACAGCUUCUUUUUUUAAGAAUAUGUGCUGUACGUGCUGUUUACAGGUACUGUGAACUUCUCAAAAGAUCAAAAUCAACUCAUCUUUUAGUACCAUUUUUGCCUCAAAUUAUGGAAGGGCUACUAACAAUGGCAACACAAUCCAGUGAUGAUGUUUUGGCUCUUGUCCUGGAAACCCUCUCGAUCGUCAUGUCUAUUGAUAAAGACUUUACAGCAUCGCAUGAAAAUCGGAUAGCACCAUUAACAAUAGCUCUAUUUUUGAAACUAGCUAAUGAUGCUGGAUUAAUUCCGUUGAUUGAGGAAAUUUUUAAACAAUUAGCCAUGAACCCAGCUUGUAAUAAGCUUCUACAACAAAGGUUCCUUCCAACAUUAAUCAGUAUUUUCCAGUCUCCACCAGAAAAAGUUCCUUUGGGAAUCAAUGCAGUUUGCAUGGAUGUACUCACUAAUAUUGUCAAGUAUUCGGAGCCACCGCUGACCGAUAUGCUACUCAAUAACGUGUUUCCWUUACUCGUCAAAAUAAUGUUGAACUCUGAUGACAACAGUAUUUUACAGAGUGGUGGAGAAUGUUUAAGAGUUUUCGUUAUAGUUGGYGGAGAACAGUUAUAUACAUGGCAAGAUGCGCAGUCAAACAACGGGAUAUCAUAUGUUUCUCGCGCAGCGUCCCAUUUAUUAGACCCAAGAGGGCCAGAAUUUACCGCUUCAUUUGUAGGAAGACUGGUGACUACUCUUAUUCGAAAGUAUGGUAAAAACCUUGGUGAAAAUCUAGAUUUAUUGCUUGGAGGGGUUUUGAGUAAACUWCAACAAGCAGAAACUUUAAGCGUAAUUCAGUCACUAAUACUAGUCUUCCUGCAUCUUAUAAACACACAACUCGAGACAACGCUGGAGUUUUUAAGUAGCGUUCCCGAUCCUACAGGCAAGUCAGCACUAGAAUAUGUCCUCAAGAUAUGGUGUGCUCGCCAACCUGAGUUUUAUGGUCUUUACGACAGUAAARUAAGCACUCUCGCAUUAUGUAGCCUGCUCCAGCAUUUUGUCAAUACAGGGGAUAAAAGAUUGCAAUUUGUUGUGAAAGGUGAAAGAGUAUUUCAUCAGACAGAAGGUGUGCGRACGCGAUCUAAAGCCAGUAAAGYACCAGAUCAGUGGACGUCWAUACCAGUUGCUGUCAAAUUAUACAAAUUAAUAAUCAACGAACUUGGAACGCUUCUAGAAAACAACGCUGAGGAUACCAAUGCAGAAGAUGGAGACUCGGACGAGGGGGAUGAGGGAUGGGAAGAUGACAACGAUGAAGAAAUUGAGAUGGAAGGCCAGACAUUAUCAUCAAUAAUGGGGAUGUACGCACCGGCCUCUGAAUUCGAAGGAUUCGAUAUGCUAGAUGAUCCUUUCAAUAACGAUGAUGACGAUCCCGAAAUUAUAAAUGACCCGGUGUACAAUAUGGAUUUACAGGCCCAUCUUAUCGAAUACAUGAAGACGUUUGUACAGCAGCCUUGUUACCAGUCCUUCUCGCAAUCUCUGAAUGCUGURGAGAGACACACCCUAUCAAAGAUGGGAAUCAACUCGUAAUACACCGUAGCCCUACAUCGUCGACUCUGGCUAUCAUUUAUGAAUUGUCCAGUCUGCAAAGAUUAUAUGGUGCCCGUAWUUUUGUAAGGCUAAGGAGAACACUUGUUCAUGCCAUCGGUUUGGAUUAGGCCGAAAAUUAUGUUCUCGAGAAGUAACAAAGACGCUGUAAUUUUUUCUCUGAAACUGAUUUAGAAACCCUGGCGUUGAAUACUGCUUAGUGCUUUGAAAUCUAGUGUAAAUAUUAUACUUUAGAAUUUAAAUAGAGUGCAAUUCAAUUGAAAAGCUUAAAAAGCAUKAAAUAUAUUUACUUGAAAGGCGGAUUCACUGCACACUGUUACCAUAAUAGCGAUUCUACUGUUUUCGGUAAGGAACUAUGGACUGUACGCCAUUGAAAAUGUUAUAAGAUUCAAGUAUAUAGCAAGUAGAUAACAGCGAAAAACAUAGCUAUAACAAUGUCAACAAAAUGAUUUGUCGGAGUGUCAUUGUAUACGCUGCGGGCCGUUGCUUCCCAAGAUGAAUUUUUGCGAGGACAAGUGGAAGUUGUUUGUCAUAAUUAAUCUGACUUAACUUUAGCUGUGGGUCAUUUAUGCAAGGUAGGUGCAACUWGAGCAAACUCCAACUGUCUGAGAGAUGGAGCUACAUUUAUUGCCCUGCUGUGCGCAGCUGGAGACCGUCUUUGUGAAAGAGGGUCGGGGUCGCCAUAUACAAAAGACGAAUGGCCAUUAGCUGUGUUUUGAGGUCCCUUUUAGKAUUAAAAGCGAUCGUGGGUAUUUGUCUCAUUUGAUGUUGGUUGCUGCUUUUGAUUCUGGAUUCCUUUUUCUAAAAAAACGGCUUCUAAAAAAAGGCGACUAGUGUUGAAAUACUUUAACCUUUUUCAUCAUUCCAAAGCCCAUUUAUCGGCGAAAAUCCUAACCCUUGUUUAGGA